AUGCCCGACGUCAAGAGGAAUGUCCGGCUGGUCACAGAACAGCAUGUUGUAAACAAAGAUUCGGGUGUUGAAGGGUUCCCCCUCCGGGCGUGGUCGAUCGAGAUUUAUCUUGCCAAUGACCACGGAGAGCAAGUGCCGGCCAACGUCUUCGACAAGGAUUUCAGAAGAAGCUGGGGUGAAUUCGACAUGCAAAUCACCCUUCACGCCGAUAAGGAUCACUACGUGACACACGACCUCAACUUUGCACAGACACGCUACGAGUCCAAGCACGUCAUCGUAAGUGUCUCCGUCAUCUUCGCCCCUACCCAUUCAUCCUCAAAACAGGCCGCUCAUACGUAUUUUCAGACAUUCAAAAACCCCAAGCCUGCCUUAUUGGCAGCCCUUCGCGAAUCAGGUCCCGUCCCCGGAGACGAGAAUGGAGUAAAAUCUAAGCGUUCCGCAGCCAGCGAAGAAGGAGCAAAGAAGAAGAAGCGAACAGAGAAGAGCGUGGAUAUGGACAAGUUAGCCGACGGUCUCCAACGACUCGGAGAAGACGAUCUUCUCCAAGUGGUGCAGAUGGUACACGAUAACAAAGCCCCAGACUCGUACACCAAAAACGACGUCGAACAGGGUGAAUUUCAUGUCGAUCUUUAUACCCUACCAGACACCCUUAUCAAGAUGCUGUGGGACUUCACGCAAGAGAAGGGUGCUCUGUGA